AUGCAUCAAGAGGAGAAUGAAAAGUUGUUUGAAGGGUCUGUUAAAUUAAAGUUGAUAGAUGAAUCAAAUAAAUAACAUGGAGGAUGCUAAGCAAUAGCUUUUAAUUCAACGGGCACAUUAUUGCUCACUGAUGAUUGGAAAAAAAAAAAUAUAUGGAGCUUUAAAAAUGGGAAAAUGGAAUUACUGAAAAGAAUAGAUGGAGCUGAUACAACUCUGAAUUGUGUAGUCUUUAGUAAAAAAUAAAAUUCAUUCAUUUACUCUGAUGACGCUUCUCUUAGCAUAUGGAAGCAGUAAGAUGAUAAUGAUUGGAUUUAUUCUGAUCCUUAAACUAAGCAUAAGAAUGCAAUAUUAUGCAUAACAUUAAAUGAGUAGGAAGACGUAUUAUUUGCUGGUGGCGCUGAUUUUGUUAUAACAGUAUGGAAAGUCGAUUUAAUCCUGAAUUAACUGACUUAUGUCUAAUCUUUGUAGAAACAUACAUUUUCAAUUUUUGCUCUCAGUUUAAAUUUUUCUGAAAAUUAAUUGGUGUCUUGUGGUUAAGAAAUAAUUAUAUGGUAAAAAAAUAAUGAAUAAUUAUGGGAAUUUGGUUAUGUUGUUAAUCAAUCAACCUAGUAGGAUGGAUCUAGGAUAAAAUUUUUGGAUGAUAAUUAAUUUAUAUGGGCAGCAAAUACAUAGGAGAGUAAUAAGAUCUUUGUAUUUGAACAUCAAGAUGGAUACUUUUAAGAAAACGAGGAAAAGACUAUUCAGCUAAAUAAUGAUAACGCACCUUUCGAUCUUUAAUUGUUUCCAAUUGUUUACAAUAAAUAGAAAAAUGCAAUAUUUUUUAAGCACAAAAGAAACUUGUACAUUUUGAGAAAAUUGAAAAAUGGUGAUCUUAAGAUUGUUGAAGUCUUUAGUUUAAAUGCAAUCUAAACUUAAGGAAAUGUUACAUAGAAUGGAGAUUACUUAGUGGAAUGGAAUGAGACUAAGUAAGGCUUUUCUACUUAUGAGAUAGUGUAUCAAUGA